CGUUUCCACGCCACGCCCCUCCCACAGGGGUUGGAAACCCAGGAUAGCCUGUUCUCCAUCCCGGUCUUCCUCUGGGGUUCCCAAGUUAACCCGGUCUUUUCCUUCAGAAACUGGAGCCAGAAAACGCUGCUGGGACCCGGCUCCUCUGGAACGUCCCACUCGAUGCCCCCCACUCUCAGCGCGUGCGCGCGCUCGUGGACACACACACACACACACACACACACACACACACACACACACACACACACACACACACACACACACACACCAUGCAGGCAGCUGCUGAUUGGCUGCGGAGAACGGCGUCCCGGCUGGGGUUCUGAGGCGGGAGCUGAGCGGUCCUAGGAGGGAGGUGCACACUCCCGGCUCCGAGAGCCCCUCCCGCGUCCCCUGCGCCCUGCUGGAGAGCGGAGCUGCGGAUCCUGGAAGGCAGGUGCGGAGCCAGCCGAGGAUACCAACCAGGGUGCAAGCGGGUCCCGCCGUGCGGCGAUCCCGGAUCCCGCCCCAGCUGCUGCCUGGUCCCCACCCGCUUGGCAGCUGCGCCGAGCCCAGCCCGGCGAGGGGCGCGCUCAUGGAGCACAUGCACGCCCACCUCGCCGCCAACAGCUCGGCUUGCGGCUUGGGCUUCGUGCCGGUGGUCUACUACAGCUUUUUGCUGUGCCUCGGAUUACCAGCGAAUAUCCUGACAGUCAUCAUCCUCUCUCAACUAGUAGCCAGGAGGCAGAAGUCUUCCUACAACUAUCUCCUGGCACUUGCUGCUGCUGACAUCUUGGUCCUCUUUUUCAUCGUUUUUGUGGAUUUCCUACUAGAAGAUUUUAUUUUGAGCGUGCAGAUACCUCCAAUCCCUGACAAGAUUAUAGAAGUGCUGGAGUUCUCCUCCAUCCACACCUCCAUUUGGAUCACGGUCCCCUUAACUGUUGACAGGUAUAUCGCUGUCUGUCACCCACUCAAAUAUCACACAGUUUCCUACCCAGCCAGGACCAGAAAAGUCAUUGUCAGUGUUUACAUCACCUGCUUCCUGACCAGCAUCCCCUACUACUGGUGGCCUAACAUCUGGACUGAAGACUACAUCAGCACCUCCAUGCAUCAUGUCCUUGUCUGGAUCCACUGCUUCACCGUGUAUCUGGUGCCCUGCUCCAUCUUCUUCAUCUUGAACUCAAUCAUUGUCUACAAGCUCAGGAGGAAGAGCAAUUUCCGCCUCCGUGGCUAUUCCACAGGGAAGACCACUGCCAUCUUGUUCACCAUCACCUCCAUCUUUGCCACCCUCUGGGCCCCCCGCAUCAUCAUGAUUCUCUACCACCUCUAUGGAUCACCCAUCCAGAACCCUUGGCUGGUCCACAUCAUGCUGGAUGUCGCCAACAUGCUGGCCCUUCUGAACACAGCCAUCAACUUCUUCCUCUACUGCUUUAUCAGCAAGAGGUUCCGUACCAUGGCAGCUGCUACACUCAAGGCCUUGUUCAAGUGCCAGAAGCAGCCUGUACAGUUCUACACCAACCAUAACUUUUCCAUAACAAGUAGUCCCUGGAUCUCACCAGCAAACUCACACUGCAUCAAGAUGCUGGUGUACCAGUACGACAAACAUGGAAAGCCUAUAAAAGUAUCCCCGUGACCCCGUAGGGCUGGCACUUGUGCCUCUGUGUAAUCUGUUUCCAGAUGAGAGGGUGUCCCAUGCUCUGGUUGAACAGCUCUCCUUAAGAGUGCUAACCUGAUUUCCUCUCUCCACAGACUGAGCAGCUCUCAGACUGGCAGAUGAGAAGAAAGGGAAGAGAAGAAAGGAAAGAAUGAUUCUUGUUUUUCUUUGUGCACUUGUUUUCACAAAAAUCAUCCUGGCAGCCACAGUUCCUGCUGGCUUAAAGAUGUCAUUGGCAGUUAUAAACGCCACCAUACUGUGACCAGUAAAGACCACAGUAGAGAAGUAGUUAGUGCUGGUACCAUCUACAGCCACUAGGAACCAACCACUAGAAUGUGUGGUCCACCAAGUCACCAUAGUGUGUAGCUGAGCCACACUCUUCUUCCAAUGAGUGGAGGUCAUCCAUCAUUUCCCUGUACCAUUUCCAGCAGCUAACAGGGCUGACUGAUUUGGGAAUUUUUUUUCCCAAGAUACCCUUUGUCCUUGAAAGAGCUGUGGUUUCCAGGUGGUCCUAGCAAUUCUGGCUGCAGAAUGACAGCAUGAGGAAAGGGAAGUGUCAAAUACCAUGCAAACUGUUGCUGAAAUAUCAAUGGGGAGAUUCCCAACAAACAUGACCAUGUCCUUAGACCUGGGGUCUAAGGUGCAGUUUUCUAUUUGCCAUAAUGUACAGAUUUGAUGUCUCCUCCAAAACAAAGACCCUACCUGGUGUGUAGGGGAAAGGAGGAAUUCUUGAGCCCAGAAAAACAAAAAAUCAAGCCCACUCUUGCCACUGUUUCAGUUCAUCCCUCUGUGAGCUGUAUCCGUUCCUUGCAUUCAAAAUCCCUUCCUGCUGUGGCACUGCAUACUCUUCCCAGAAACGCCUUCUGUGUCAAGUUGUGAGCCCUGCAUCCUUGCUUGCUCAAGCCCUCGUCAAAUGCUUUCCAUGAAGUGACCUCUUAACCGGAGAUAACUGCAGCUCUUCUGGUGAGAAGGGAUGCCCAGCUCCCACCACAGCCCAGCUGGCAUGGCCAUAUAAGACUCUAAAAACAGUCAUAACUGUCAUGGAGGGGUAGUUGUGUCAACCACUGGUCUGUCCCUUGAUCUAAGUGGCUCAGUCAGGUGGUGCCUGACUUUAUCAGUAAAGCUCUUUAACUCACAUGCUUCAGAGGUGACAAAACUUAUUCAUUAUUCUUCCCUUGCAUGGUCAAGGUAAGAACAAAUCUAAGAUGCAGUGAUUAGAGGCUUCUCUGAGAAUUACCACAUGUAUGUGUAGACAUAGAAUACACACAUGUAGACAUGACUAUAUUAAACUGGGCCUGUGGUGUGCUUUAAAGAGGAUAUACACGCUAGAGUCCCUAUUAUUUUGCAUUUUUAUUUGUGCUCCUCUUCCACAUUCCCAGUAUUUGAACCCAUUCCUGGUUUGGAAGAAACCUUCCAAAAUGAUUUUUAAAAUUGCAUGAUAUUUUUGGUGAGCAAACUAAACGUAGUCACCUGGAACACUUGGUUCCAUAGACUUGAUUUUUAUUGCAUUUCCUCCCUAAAUUGGAAGGCAUGUCUCUGUUGUCUUAGGAGGUUCUGUAGCAAAGGAAUGGGAUGGAAAGGCCCCUGGGAUAACACAAGUGCUAAACCUCCAUCAAGGCCCUUCAAGACUAACCCAGUGCAGUUUGGGGUUGUUUUGUUCCUAAUGGUGUCCGUUCUUAUCCCUUUUAAAUGACUUAUGGGUGAGUCUCACCAGACCCAAUGGUUAGAUUCUAAAGUCAGUGAAAAGAGAAUGACCUUACAGGCCUGUGGUUCCUGUGCAUAGUUCCUCAGGAAAGAGGACCUUUGGAUACCCAAGAAGUUACAUUUUUCUCCAGUGUUGGGACAGGCUGCAGAUACUUUGGCUGAAGAUAAUAGAGUCAGCUGAUGUCUAGGGAAUGUAUUGUAUUAUUGUCAUGUGUCUGAGAACGUCAGGACCCGGAUGGAGCAAGCCACUACCACUGAACAGUUUGCAGAAGUUAUUCAUGUGAGGGAUGAGCAGAAUCCCAGCUUCUAUCUCACUUGCUUUCCAGAGCAGAUGCUCAAUGAGUGAAAUGUGAGCAAAAUUCCCCACAUCUCUUGAAUUGUAUUUCUUUCUUCUCCCCCCCAAGCAUGUACAAGUGAAUGUAUGUUCAUUAGCUGUGUGUAUGACACAAUUCCACUGCAUCCCCUAUAAGUAAACGUUGACCAAAGGCUACCUAUGCUGAAUAGAUAUUAUAUAUGUGUGUUUAUUUAUUUUUUAAAAUGCAUAUCUCUGAAAAUGUUAGUUUGAGCUAGCUAUACAUAAGCGAUUCAAAGUGCAAUAUCUAUGAAGGUUAAGCAAUUCCUUUUUGAGGAUGUACACACAAUGGAGAGUAAGACUUUGACUCUCAAUGCUGUCUGCUCUAUGUUUUUAAUCUCUAAAACAAUUAAUUAUUUAAAAGCUGGGUGUACCCUGGGAAUGAUUUCCCCAGACACUCAUUUAUUACUUUUCUUAACAGUAGAGGUUCUACAAGCAUCCUCUGUUUUCUGACUACAUUUCCUAUUUCUCUAAGUAACCCUUUAAGCUAGUCCAUGAAAGCACUCCAGAGAGUUGUUACAUAUUCUCUCUAAAGUGCACAUGGAUACCCUUUGGAUUAGGCUGACAUAAACAAAUAUAAAUAUAUAUAAUCAGCCUAACUCAGAAGGUAUAUACAUACAUAUAUCACCUGAAGUUUAUUUAAGAUUACAGAAGGAAUAUUCACUUAUUGUUGAUAAUAAUAACAAUGGAUGAUGAUCAAGUUUUUUUAACUUUAAAAAUUGUAAGCCUUUUCAUUCAGGCCGGGUUUGGAAAUGAAGCCUUGACUACUGAAGCCUGUCACAUAAACAGCUGCUGCUAAGGGCAAACACCUUAGCCUGGGUUUUUGUGGUGCUUCUUUCAAAGACUGUUCAUUAUCACCUCCAUUGCUGUAUGAUUUGUGUCCUUGGACAUGGUGACAAUGUCAUACAUGUACAUGCCAAGUCUUUUUCUUAGCGACUGGAAGCCUGGGGAAAUAAAUGAGGGGUACAGCAGACAAACUAUAAAAGAUAAGCCAUGUGAAGGCAUGAACAUCCAUGUUCCAAACACCUUGCCACAGAAAAGGGUUAUGUUGCACAGCUGCUGCCUACUUGUCUGACUUGGGGAGCCCUUUGAAAGUGCAUUCAGGACUCGACUCACUACUGACCACUACUGCUUGAAAAUGCAACAAGAGGCCACCACCGAAAAAUAGGAAAUGCUCAUAUUUUCUUAACUAGAUAAAAUAUUGUGUCUGGACUAGUUUGUAUUCUAAUAAAUUCUAAUAUGGUGCGCACUUGGUGUUUGCUAUUUGCAUACAUGGUCACUCAACUGCAGAACGCUGGUUUUUAUUCACAUUAUUUUUAAUUGAUAAAUCAUAAUUGUAUACAUUUAUGGGGUGCAAUGUGAUGUUUUGAUAUAUGUAUUAAAUGUGCAAUGAUUAAAUCAA